CGUGACACGCCGGUUGUGAAAGCGCGCCCUGGCCAAAGUUAGCCGAGCGUCUGCUGAUGGAAACACGGCUCACGACUCAACAGAAACACACCACGUCCCGUUCAGCUGUCCUCCUCGUCUCACUGAAUCCUCCUUGUCAUGGAGCAACAAUAUCCUCAGUCCACGGUGGUGUUUCGAAAUGUGGGGCAGCUCUAUUUCCCCCAGACCAGAGUGGAGUGUCACUACAGUGUGACCUCAGCCCAUGAGUGGAGCAGCAGUGACUGGAUUGGCAUCUUUAAGGUUGGCUGGUCCUCACUUCAGGAGUACCACACGUACUCUUGGUCGCUUGUUCCUGAAGGCUAUACGAAAGGAAGUGCCGUCGACUGCUGUGCACUAUUUCAGGCCUGUUACCUACCUCGCCCCAGCCCAGUGGAGUACCAGUUUGUCUACGUGGACAAGCUGGGCAAAGUCUGUGCCCACAGCAGACCUUACACCUUCUGCUCCCCCAAACCUCUGGAAGAGCUGGAGACCCUGAAAGAGGAGCAAGAUGGAGAUGAGGAAGAUGGAGAUGAAGAGGAGCUGCUCCUGGUGGUCCCCAGGGCUCAGUUGUUGCAGAGUCAGCUGGAGGAAUGCGUGAGGGAGAAAGCUGAGUUGCAGCAGGCCGUAGAGGAGGAGCGGAGGAGCAGCAGAAGAGCAAAAGAGGAAUGGGAGAGUGAGCGGAAGGCCACGGAGGAGGAGAUUAGUGAGCUCCUUGAAAAACUGAAUCACAAGUGUGACGUGUUGAAGAAUGUAGAAGGACAACACCUGGAUGUUAAAAGCAGUCAUCAGAAUCUGAACUCUGAACUUGGUCAACUUUUGGUGGAAAAAGUGCAAAGUCAGCGACGCAUCAAAGACUUGGAAGACGGCGCCAAGGCGCUAGCAUACCGAGAGACAGAGCGACACGUGGAGAUGGAACGGCUGAAAGAGAUGUUGAAGAAAACAUCCAGUCAAAUCAAACUUGAUGAGGAAAAGAAAAAGUUGCUAAAGGCGGAGAGCGAGGCCGCGCUGGCGGAGGUCUGCGGCCUGCAGCAUCGUCUGGAGUCCAGCGAGCGUUUGGCCGAGAGCCUGCGCAGGGAGCUGAGAGAGCUGAGCACCCGUCAAGGCCACGCUAAUGCCGAGCUGCACCAAGUCCGCCUGCAGGUCGCCCAGCUGGGCCUGCAGCUGUCAGAGGAGAAGCUACUGCUCCGGGAGGAGCGGGCCAACUGGGUCCUGGAGAGAGAAGCUUAUAGGCAAGCGGCAGAGGCUAACCAAAAGAAAGUGGAAGAGCUGAAUAGCGAGGUACAAAGGAAGAAAGAGCAACUGAGGGAGGAAAGAAAUAAUGUGGAGUUUGGGAUGAAAUACAGAGAUUGUGAUGGAGACAACAAGGUGCAGACGGUCCAGCGCGGUCAGAAGCAGCAGCGGAUGCUAGCAGGACUUGUGGACCCAGUAGUCAGCUCAGACCCCUGCCAUCCAUGCGCACCUUGGGACACGCCCACGGCCGCGCAAACCCAGGGACGCGCCGCGCGCGUCUCCGCCCUGCAGCAGCCGCCAGCUGCAAACACUCACCGGUUAUCUGCGCACCUGAUACUGAUGAGGGCGUGCCGGAUAAAGGCAGGGUAGACCCAAGGAUCGGCGCGGGAACUUAGUUUUCUCAUGGUGUACCAAUUCCCUCCGUCGCCUUGGAAGUGAGCUGUGCGCCUCACUUCUCUGGACCCCUCUGGAUUCUGACUGCCUCCCUUGAUCCUCGACCCCCCACUUUGUAAUCGGACUUCUUGACGCCCCUCUCAGCCCCACGGACCCCCGCUUGUAUCCCGGAUCACCUGUCUGCCCCCUGGACUUCCUCGUAUCUCUUUCAACACUUUGGUAACACACAUUCCAGUUAAAUACUACACAUAGUCUUAUACCAUACACACUCUUGUAUUCUAGUUCACACUCCAUUUCCUUAGUUACCCAUGCUGCCGCUGGGUGACAUCAUACGCAAGUACGGUGUUAGCUUUCACUGUUAUGCUGAUGACACUCAACUCUACAUGCCCCUAAAGCUGACCAACACGCCGGACUGUAGUCAGCUGGAGGCGUGUCUUAAUGAAAUUAAACAAUGGAUGUCCGCUAACUUUUUGCAACUCAACGCUAAGAAAACGGAAAUGCUGAUUAUCGGUCCUGCUAGACACCAACAUCUAUUUAAUAAUACCACCUUAACAUUUGACAACCAAACAAUUAAACAAGGAGACUCGGUAAAGAAUCUGGGUAUUAUCUUCGACCCAACUCUCUCGUUUGAGUCACACAUUAAGAGUGUUACUAAAACGGCCUUCUUUCAUCUCCGUAAUAUCGCUAAAAUUCGUUCCAUCUUGUCCACUAGCGACGCUGAGAUCAUUAUUCAUGCGUUCGUUACGUCUCGUCUCGAUUACUGUAACGUAUUAUUUUCGGGCCUCCCUAUGUCUAGCAUUAAAAGAUUACAGUUGGUACAAAAUGCGGCUGCAAGGCUUUUGACAAAAACAAGAAAGUUUGAUCAUAUUACGCCUAUACUGGCUCACUUGCACUGGCUUCCUGUGCACUUAAGAUGCGACUUUAAGGUUUUACUACUUACGUAUAAAAUAUUACACGGUUUAGCUCCAGCCUAUCUCGCCGAUUGUAUUGUACCAUAUGUCCCGACAAGAAAUCUGCGUUCAAAGAACUCCGGCUUAUUAGUGAUUCCCAGAGCCAAAAAAAAGUCUGCGGGCUAUAGAGCGUUUUCUAUUCGGGCUUCAGUACUCUGGAAUGCCCUCCCGGUAACAGUUAGAGAUGCUACCUCAGUAGAAGCAUUUAAGUCCCAUCUUAAAACUCAUUUGUAUAAUCUAGCCUUUAAAUAGACCCCCCCUUUUUUUAGACCAGUUGAUCUGCCGUUUCUUUUCUUCUCUCCUCUUCUCCCCUGUCCCUUGCGAGGGGGAGUUGCAUAGGUCCGGUGGCCAUGGAUGAAGUGCUGGCUGUCCAGAGCCGGGACCCCGGGUGGACCACUAGCCUGUGCAUCGGUUGGGGACAUCUCUGCGCUGCUGACCCGUCUCCGCUCGGGAUGGUUUCCUGUUGGCCCCGCUGUGGACUGGACUCCCGCUGAUGUGUUGGAUCCACUGUGGACUGGACUUUCACAAUGUUAUGUCAGACCCACUCGACAUCCGUUGCUUUCGGUCUCCCCUAGAGGGGGGGGGUUACCCACAUAUGCGGUCCUCUCCAAGGUUUCUCAUAGUCAUUCACCGACGUCCCACUGGGGUGAGUUUUUCCUUGCCCGUAUGUGGGCUCUGUACCGAGGAUGUCGUUGUGGCUUGUACAGCCCUUUGAGACACUUGUGAUUUAGGGCUAUAUAAAUAAACAUUGAUUGAUUGAUUGAUUGAUAGUUUAGUUGUAUUGUUUAGUAUUAUUAUAUAUAUAUAUAUAUUGUCUAUAUAUAUAAUAAAUAUUUGUAUAUACUUCCCCCUGGUGUAUGUUUGCCGUCACCUCCCCUUAGUAGUCCAACCAUUACAGUAAGUUCCCGCCAAAUUAUAUAUAGGGACCUGACGGCCCAGUGACUUUAGCUCCGCCCCCAGUGACUUUAGCCCCGCCCCCAGUGACAUUUUUUUUUUCUCUCCUAUUUUUACCCCAUUCACCAUGGCCUUUUCUUUUCGCUUCAAACCGGAGGAUUUGUCUUGUCCUGCCGAGCGGUCAUGGAAAGGCAUGUUCAGUAGUGAUAUGAGCAAGGAGGCAGAGGUGGGACCAAGUCAUUGCUUUGCAAGUCACAAGUAAGUCUCAAGUCUUUGCCCUCAAGUCUCGAGUCAAGUCCCGAGUCAAGACAGGCAAGUCCCGAGUCAAGUCCAAAGUCAAGACUGGAAAGUCUCAAGUCAAGUCCCAAGUCCUGCAUUUUGAAUUUCGAGUCCUUUCAAGUCCUUUUAACCACAGACUAAUAUAUUUACACAGAUUGUGUAUGCUUUUAAAACGCUGUAUUUAUUUAUUAAAACAAGUGCAUUUGAAAUUGCAGGAAAAAAAAUAGUGCUGACAUUGCACUUCAUAAUAGCACUAUUAUCCAGUCAUUUUAAACAUUUAACUCAUUCCUUUACAGAAUAAACACAUUUGAAAAAACAAGUGCAACUGUACUUAUUUGCACAAAAGUGUUAACAUUGUAUUUCCUUGGCACAUUGCAUUGUAACUACCGGUAGUUCCACAGCAGUUUCUAUCCUGUUCUUACCUUAUCUCAUUGAUCUCAUCUC